AUGCAUAUUCUCGCCGCACUCCGCGCCGUGGCAACAGCGGCCCUCUUCACUCCCUGGGACAAAAGUCAGUGGGUCGCCUCCGAUGACACCGUCCGUAACGGUACGAGUCAUUCGGCUUUGGACAUCAUUCAGCCCGGCACCGCCGGCAACCCGUUCUCAGUGCCCAUUGCGAACUUUCACGGAAAGCUGGACUACGCUACGCUUGGCGGCGCUGGUUUUGCUUCGCAAAGAACCGUUGACGACUGGCCCGGUCUUGACAUUUCGGCCUACGAUACCAUUACCCUGGAGAUCUCCUACGCAGAUGGCAAGAGGUACACCUUCAACCUCAAAGACACGGUUCCACCGCCCAUCAACGGCGUGGAACAGUCUGGUGUGAGCUGGGAAUUCGAUUUCCAGCUUCCUGCUGUCAACCACACCGACGGCCAGGUUGAGAAAGUUGUCAUGCCGAUUUCAGACUUUGUGCCUACUUUCCGUGGCCGGGUGCAGAACAAUACGGCGCCUCUUGACCUGACUAGCAUCAAGCGAGUCAACAUUAUGAUUCGAAGCUUUUUCGCCGAGCAAGAUGGGGACUUCGAGUUGCACAUUAAAUCGGUAAUUGCUUCGAAGGAGGGGACCCAGGAACUGCGAUCUACCUAG